AACGCCGCAAACGUUCUUUGUUAUUGAACCGCUUGUGCGAACGUCGAGUCUUCUGUCCCUCUUGUCUCUUGAAGACAUAGGGCCCAACGCUGUACACCCUGCCGACGCCGCGUCGACGUCGCCAGGAGCCAUGGAUGUGGAGAAGGCCGCUGGAGCAAGCGUCACGGCGAAGUACCAGGAUGCGCAGCUGGCGACGCUCACCUGGCAGAACCUAAAUGUGACAUCCAAGGACGUGAAGGGCGGCACACGCCACAUCCUCAAAGACGUCCGCGGCUAUGUCGCCCCCCGCGACAUGCUUGCGAUCAUGGGCCCCUCCGGCUGCGGCAAGACCACGCUGCUCGACGGAUUGGCGGGCCGCCUUCCCAACUCCGUCACGCAGACCGGCGACGUGCUGCUGAAUGGCCACAACAGCCGGCUAACGUACGGGUUGAGCGCCUACGUGACUCAGGACGAGGUGCUGGUGGGCACACUCAGCGUGCGCGAGACGCUGGUGUACGCGGCGCUGCUGCGGCUGCCCAGCAACAUGAGCAAGGCGGACAAGGUGGCGCGGGUGGAUGACGUGAUCAGCGAGCUGGGCCUGGAGGAGGCGCAGCACACCAAGAUCGGCACGCCCUUCAUCAAGGGCGUCAGCGGCGGCCAGAAGCGCCGCGUGUCCAUCGGCUGCGAGCUGAUCACGCACCCCAGCCUGCUGUUCCUGGACGAGCCCACCAGCGGCCUGGACGCUGCGGCCGCCUUCCACGUCAUGGCCAACAUACGCAGGCUGGCGGAGCACAACCGCACCGUGGUCACGGUGAUCCACCAGCCCAGCUCCGAAGUGUAUGAGCUGUUCGACAAGCUGUGCCUGCUGUCGGCCGGCGAGGUGGUCUACUUCGGCCGCGCCGCCGACGCGCUGACCAUGUUCGAGGAGGCGGGGCUGCCCUGCCCCUCGCUGCGCAACCCCACCGACCACUUCCUACACGUCAUUAACCGCGACUUCAAGGGCGACCACGGCUUGGAUCCGGAGGCCAACGUCCGCAAGCUCAUCGGCGUGUUCGCCGCCACCCGCGCCCCCGCGCUGGACGCCUCGCUGGCGCAGCUGAGCCAGGCGGGCGACGAGUACGUGUGCGCCACGUGCGGAGCCAGCGUGCUGUACCAGGUGUACGUGCUGACCAAGCGCAUGCUGGUCAACAACUGGCGCAACAUCGCAGUCUUCUGGCUGAGGCUGGGCAUGUACAUCAUGCUGUGCAUCUGCAUCGGCACCAUCUACUUCAACCUGGACAACAGCUGGGUGGGCACCUACAGCCGCAGCGCCAUGAUGUUCUUCGUGGUGGCCUUCCUCACAUUCAUGUCCAUCGCCGGCUUCCCUGCAUUCGUGGAGGACAUGCAGGUGUUUAUUCGCGAGCGGCUCAACGGCUACUACAGCGUGGCCACCUUUGCGCUGGCCAACACGCUCGCCUCCGCGCCCUUCAUCUUCGGUAUCGCCGUCAUAUCCUCCGCCGUGGUGUACUGGCUGGUCGGCCUGAACGACUCGGGCGACCGCUUCCCCUACUUCUUCAUCAACCUGUACGUGUCGCUGACGGUUGUGGAGAGCCUCAUGAUGGCCAUCGCGGCCGUGGUGCCGCACUACCUCAUGGGCAUUGCCGGCGGCGCCGGCAUCCUGGGCAUGUACAUGUUGGUGUGCGGCUUCUUCCAGCCCGUGGGCGAGCUGCCCGCACCCGUGUGGCGCUACCCCCUGCACUACAUCUCCUACCACAGCUACGCCUUUGCCGGCUUCAUGCACAACGAGUUCGACAACACUGACGGCUGGCUGUGCCCCUGCUACAGCCAGGCCGGCGGCUGCGGCCCCGCCUACGACCCCCCGGCCGCCCCCUGCACCAUGACCGGCUCAGAGAUCCUGGACUACUGGACUAUCAGCGGCCUGAACAAGUGGGUGGACAUUGGCAUCCAGUGCGGCAUGAUCGCCAUCUACCGCUUCCUGUUCUGGCUGGCGCUGGUGGUGAAGGAGAAGAUGCGCCACGCGUAGAUAGCCGCGUGUGUUGUUGGAGGCGCAGGCAGGCGCGCCGGUGAUUGCGGAGGCGUGCGCGGAGGUGGGAGGCGGGCGUUGGAGGUGGUGGGAGAUGGGAAGCGGGUGGGAGAGGUGUGCUUUGUGAGGUGGCUGCAUGCAUGCAGCGAGGGGGUUUUGGUAUGUAGGCGUGGAGACUGCAUUAUGAGCAUUGCGUGUGGGUCUGCACGUGUUUUGCACAUGGUUUGCAAGUGGUGUGCACAUAAUGGUUUUGUCCCUGGGUUUGUUGUGCAUCGGUCCAUGGCGCACACCGAUACAUGCUGCGGCGGCGGCGGCCGCGGGUUGCACCAGCACGUGAGCAUUCAUCCACGCGUACGUAGUGCUUUGUGCAUGUGGUAGUGCUUUGUGCAUAUGGCUCGUUCAUUGCACUAAAGCUCGGGCAUGCCGGCUUGCUGGCAUAAUUAAAGCACAAGCAUGACCCGCUGGUCUUUGCGUGACUGUAAUAAAGUACGUGAUGAGCCAUGAUGAGCACGGCACUUUCGGCAGAACAAUUGGCAGUUACUGGCGGCGGAUAUCAAGCGAUGUAUGUACUGCUCUGUCUAGCUCGAUGCAUGCAAGAGGGCAGAGGCGCGUGUGUGUGACCUGUGCCGUCAUACAUGUCGUGGCGUGACAUGGAAUCGUGCUGCAUGGUAAUUGCCGCGAAGCGGGCAAGCGGCACGCAUCCAUAGCUAGCCGUUGCGGGGAGGCGAUAUACAAGGGCAGAGCGGAGUGAGCAAUCGUGUAACGCAAGAAGAAG